AUGAAGGAAUAUGAAGCACAUCAAGAUAAAAUCUUAGCACGUUUAAAUCGUCAACAUUUAAGUGCCGCAUUGACGAGAUCACUAGAACAACAGUUAGGCUUAAAUGGCUGCAACAGUACUGCUGCUAAUAAUGAUAAUAGCAGCAAUAGAUCAAGAAACUCCAUCAACACUGGACGUAAUCAAACAUCAGUCAUCAAUAAUACUGGUAAUGGCGGAACAAGUGAAGUACAUACAGAUGCUGGAAUAAGUGAAGAAGAAACGCCAUCAAAUUUUAUCAGUAAUGGUGCUUGUUCAACACGACGUAUCUCUUCUACAUCACAUCAUAAUCAAUUAACUAAUAAUUCGGAUACAGAAAGUGGAAUGGAUACCAAUUCAGUUGGUGAAAAUAGUUCUGUAUCUGAUUUACCAGUUGUACAUUAUCGUACUAGUGCAUCAACUACUUCCUCUAUGUCUACUACAACUGCUAGCGGUGCUGCUGAUUCAAAUCAUCAUCAUAUUCAAUACAUGGAUCGUAACACUACUAAUAACAGUAGUAGUAUUUUGCAUAAUAGUUCAACAUCGUCUAUGUUAUCACCAUCAGUAUUUCCUGAAAUUGAAGUCUUAUUAAAACCACAUCCACGUUAUUCUUCACAGUAUACUGCAUCCACUGCUAUGACGUUAUCUUCUUCGUGUAGUCCAUCUACAUCAAUAGGACAUCGUAAUAACAAUAAUGCUAAUAAUAGUAAUAGUAAUAACAAUAAUAAUUUUAGUAGUAAUUACAACGAUCAAGGAAAUAGUUUAAUCAAAUAUCUUAAAGCCCCAACAAUAACUACAGUUGAUCAUUUAUGUAGAUAUUUAACUGUACGUAUUAAUCUUCAAAGAAUAAACAGAGAAGUAACUGAUGAAAAUGUUCGAUUCAUCCUAUACAGUUAUCAUGAAAGUACAAAUACCUAUCAGUUGUUAGAUUCACACAUGUCAAUUGAAGAAAUUAGUCGUGACCAAUUUCAUGGAAUGAAUUGUCUUGAUUUAUAUUACGCACGUGAUGAUAUCUCAGAUGAGAAUAAUAAUUAA